UGUUCACCUCUACUAGUGUCACCUGUAAUCAUAAGGUUCCUGUAUUCGAGUAGUGUUAAAAAGUCAAGUUUAUAUGACACGUAGUAAUUAUAUCUUGCCUAGUAUGAAUAGAAUAACUAUUAAGACUGUAUUGAAGCUAAAUGUUCAGGGUCACAUGUUUUAUGUUCGAAUAAUCAAAUUUAAGAAUGAAAACAUUUAAGUGAAUCUGAAAAUAACAUGACUAGAUAGAAUACCACUGCUGAUACUACACCCUUUCUACGAACGGAGGAACAGCGCCAACACUGCAACAAUGAAGGGUGACGCCAGAGCCAAUGAUGGGGUAAAAAUUAAUGUCAUAGUUGCAAUGAUGGAUCACAACAAUGGUAUAGGGAUCAACAAUCAACUUCCAUGGCCCAAAAUCAGGACAGACUAUGAAUAUUACACUGGGUUGACACAAAGGGUAACAAAACCAGGAAAUGUUUGCAUCAACAUGAAGGGCAGAUUGACGUUUGAAUCUAGUGGGGAACAAGAGAGGAUGAAUCCGUUGAGACACAACGUCGUCAUAAGUUCAACAUUAAAAGAAUGCCCCAAAGGUGUUGGUUUCAUUGCUCCAUCUUUUGAUGCUGCCAUAGAGUAUGCCAGUGAAUAUGCAAAUGCAGAAUCAAUCUGGGUGAUGGGUGGAUAUAGCGUAUACAAGAGAGCUCUCCAGAGUCCGCUUUGUCACAGGGUACACUUGACGAGGAUAUUUCACAAAGCCGAGGCAGAUGCAUUCUUCCCAAUUGACUGCCUGGAACCAUCCAUAUACAAGAAAAUAGAUCUCCCUGAAGUACCAUCUGAUCUGAUAAAGGAAAAUGGUGUGGAGUAUCAAUUUGAGGUGUACGAGAGGCGAUAGUAGUUAACCGAAGGACAUGCUGGAUGAGGGAGAAUGUAAUACCAUCAAACUGCUGAAAUACCCAAAGACAUAUACGUGUAGAGAUAGUAUAUAAAACAGAAACUUGGCACAAUCAAUAUAAUAUUGAAUACUCAACAAAUAAUAAAAUAUGUUUCUCAAUAAAUACAGGGUAGGCCAAAAACGUCUCCAUUUUCAUUUGUUUUACCUUUUUUAAUCAGCCAUGGAUUACAACAAUAUUUUCUCUGAAUUAAGAUGCAGUAUUACUAUUCUACUCAAGAAUUAAUCCUUGGAUUUCUAUAGUAUUCCAUCUGGCUUAUUUUGAUUAGAAAGGUUAACAGACACCAAAAGUGUAAAUGAAAAUGUCUUUUGCAAGGUUAUAUUUGACGUUACAAUUUCACUGCCAUUUUAGUUACUAGUUCGCUUUACAUAGGGAAGCCAAACUUCGAAUAUCUAAACAAUCCAUCGAAUGAAUUGAGGUGAAUAGCUUGAGAAUGAUUGGAAAACUGCUUUAACAUCAGGAAAAAGUAACAGGGGCAAAAACCGAGGAGAAAUAUGGAAGAUUACAUGAGUCCCACUGGCGGGUCCAGAAGCCAACAAGGGGGAAGGCAAAGGAUCUAGUGCACCCUCCAUUGUGAUCUCCCCAUGAACAAAAAUAAAUUCAUCUGAUUUUUCAAAAUAAAUAUACUGCUUUUAUUAUUACAUUUAUAUGUA